AUGGUUAACGAACAAAAUAAAACUACUUCUUUAGAAAAAAACAAAUCAAAAACUCUUUCUUUUACUAACCUUAAUCCCCGCCGUGGUUCUUUACCAGUCGACCAUCAACGUCCUUUAUCUCCGGCAAUUCGACAAUCUAAAUUAACUAAACAAAACCAAGAAUUAGACCAGUUAAAAAACGAACUCAAAGAAGUUAAUGAUGAUUUUUAUCAAUUCACUAAUCAAAAUGUCGAGUUAAGUCGCCUUUUGAACCAAGAAAAAUUAACUAACCAAAAACUAGAACAACAAUUUAUUGCGGCAAUCGAUGAAAAUCACCGCUUACGAGAUCAGCAAAAAGUUAAUCACCAAAACUUGUUAACUAAAAUUAAUGAGUUAAGUCAAUUAAGGAAAAUUAAUCAAGUUGAAAGAGAACAAUUACUGAAGUUUAUUGCCGAACAGCAAGUUAAAUUUGAAGAACAAAUUGCUCAACAAGCUAAAGAACUAACUAAACAAUACAAUAGUUUACGAAGUUUUGUCUUGAAAGCCGACUUACCCACUAAAUUUAAACGGACUCAUAAACCAAAUUUAAGCACUGGUAGCCUACCAGUUAGUUAUAAUAAUUCUCCCCGUGAUUCUUUUCACGAGGAUGAUCAAAAUGAAUCCCCAACUAGUCUUUUUACUGAAUUGACCAAAGGUAAUAUUUUUAACCAUCCUCUGACCAGUUCACCCUUAGCGGAAAAUGAUAAUAAUCCUUUAGAAGAAAUUGUUAAAUCAAACCACAAACGGCAUUCCAAUUCACCUUUUUUUGUUGCUCCUCCUUCCCCACAAAAUAGUUAUGAUGAUUUAGUAGGAGAAGUGGAAGAUUUUGUAGCCGAAGCCAGUCCGGAAGCAGUCUCCCAAGUUUUACAAGAUAAAACCUAUUUAGAAGCCGCCUACAAAGAUUUAAAAGAUCAAAAGGAAUUGGCCGAAUUAAAAUAUAAGUUAGCUGAAAGUCAAACUAGAAAACGGAUUGAGGAUUAUGAACAAGUUUGUAGCGAUUUAGCAAAAACUAAUGAGUCAUUAAAAAUUAGCGAAGAAAGCAAUCGAAAAUUACAAAAUAAAGUUCAGCAAUGGCAAGCACUUAAUGAAGAAUUAAAUGAGGAAUUGGAACAACAAAAAAAACAAGAAGAGGAAAACGAAGAUGAAUUAAAGAGAAUACUAACCGAAGCAAAUGCUGAAGCAGAUGAAAUUGAAGAAAUUUUUAAAGAAGCAGCUCAAGAAUUAAAGAAUAAGUUAACUAAUUAUAAAACCGUAAUCAGUCAGUUAAAGGCUCAAUUAAAAGAAGUAGAAAAAAAAGCCGAAGAAACCGAAGAAGAAUUAAAAAAACUCCAAGCCGAAAGUAAUAAAAAAGCUGAAAAGAUAGAAGAGCAAAAGAAAGAAGAUGAAGAGGUUUUGAAAAUAUUACGAGAAGCCAAUCAAGAGGCUGAUGAAAUCGAAGCUCAAAUAUUGGAAAUCAGAAACUUAAAUUUGUUUAAAUAA